AUGGCACAACAUAUCUUCUAUAAACCGUCAACUAUGCAGAUUGACCCAACACCCCAACAAUCUGUCGAAAGCGCGACAAAGCGAUUGGCCUGCUCCUCAGCCAUCCGAAUGUCGCAAUCGGCGCUGAGGUUUGGGCCCGCUGCGGAGCCGCCCGGGACAGUUGUUACAUUGCGCCUCGCGAACACCCAAGACUCUCGUGAAAAAGAACCGCCAGCCUCGGCCACCUACGAUACUCUACAGCUACGCCGAGCUACCGAUACGGUUAUUAAACUACUGCCCAUCAGCCCCGGGGGAACCGGCGUUAGGAGAAUAAACUCCCAUCAGCGAGAGAAGAAUGCCUGGAUCUAG